ACAUCAGUAGUGAGAUGGCCCGCCCGAUCUCGUCCCGUGUUGGCAAUGUCGCUGCAGGUUGCCUCUCUGCAUCGGCGAGGAUAAAUGCAUGUCUGCCAGCACUCGCCCUGGGUCUGCCAUUCAUCCACAACAACAACGACUCAAGAGCACAGAGCUAUCUCGAGUGAAGAAUAGACCAAGUCCAAUAUCCUUGAUCCCAGACCAGACCAGCUCCCCCUCAACCAUGCCGCCGCCUGGGGCUCUGACCCCCCAUCUCCUAUCGUCAUUGACCGCGCCCAAGACCCAAGGCGAGCCAUACCCCUGUUCGCAACUAUUUCUCGUUUUGAUCUCGAUGCUACAGUGUGUGUCGAUGCUGUAGUGUCACAGUCUGUGCUUGACGCCUGACGCGCCCAGACAGGCAUGCUUAUCGCCUUGACAGCUAGCCGCACCUUUUCUCGUGCCACGAGGCUGAGGCCCCGGUCGUGCGCGUGUACGAGUCUGUGGCCUAUGAUUCG